AUGAAGCCUAAUGAAAAAACACAUAAGUUUGACAACGAUGCCCUCGAUCUCCAAAUAGAUCGGCUUAAUUCUGUGAUCCAAUCAAUGAUGAACGGAAUCCAAACACUAGACAAAGAAAACCCGCUAGAAAGAUACUCAACAGAUUUUUUGUCCCCAAGCUGUAGACUGAACUCAAAAAGAAACAGAAUUUCUGUCUUGUCUUUGGAGAGUGAGCAAGAUUUAAUUACAACUGAAAGAGACUGAAUAUUUGAAUCAGUCGAAGCAGAUGAAGAAAUUAUGAGUAAUAUUGAAGGGUUAUUAAUUAGUUUGGACAGAGCCAUGAUGGUAGCGGAAGAUUAUAGAUCAAGUGAGGUAAGAAAAAAUGAAUUUGAAUAUGCUGGAUUAGGUGAAUGAGAAUUAAAUUAAUAGAAAAUUAAGGAUUUUUGGGGGGAUUUGAGGGAAUAUAUGAAAAUAUGGAAGAAAAUAAGCUUAUUCAUGAAAUAAAAUGCUCGCUAAGUGAUAUGUAUAAACUAAUCUCAGAUGCAAAGCAGAUAAUAACUGAGACCGAAACGAAUAAAAGCUAUAAUGGAAUUUUGAAGCUGGGGGAUUUUUCUAUUGAUAUUUUGAUAGAACACAAUGAUUUGAUUUUACAGGAAAAAUCAAAUUUAAGUAAAGAAAUUUUGACCCAUCUUUCUGUUAAGCCAAUAAUAAGCACAAAAAAUAUUUCACCUGAACAAGCUUAUAUAAACCAAUUAGAAAACGAAAUUGAGGAAUUAAAAAGAAAUAGCAUGUUUCCUGACGAAAUUUUUGAUUUUACCAAAAAUCUUAAACAUAAAUUGGAAGAGACCUAUGAAAAAUCAUCUGAAGAAUUUUCUGGGAGUUUUAAUAGUGAUAACUCAUUAGAAUUAACUAAAAGCACUAUGGAACUUUUCCCGAAUAGUAGCAGGCCAGUAUUGCAUUUAGAUCUCCACAAAAUAAAUCGUGGAAAUAAUGAAGUAAAAAAAAUGAAAGAAGAGCUAGAAUGGCAAAUUAAUGAAAUGCAAAUCACAAAAAAUCAGUAUAAAAAUAAAUUAUGCCGAUUUUGAAUAAUUUACCCAAAAAUAAUAUAUAAUAGUUAUUAUAAACUAUUUAUUUGAAUAAAAUAUAAAUGAAAUGCAACAGCAGCAAGCCCUUUUUCAACAACAGGCAAAUUUAAUUAAAGCAAAGACAGUGGAAUUAGAAAAGGAUAAAGAAAAUUUCGAAAAAGAAAAAGAAAAGUUAGUCCAGGAAAAAAAGGAUUUUGAAGAAAAACAAUCAAAAUUAAAAAAUGACAUAAGAAAUACUUUUAGCAGACAUAAUAGAGGAGCUUCAGGGGAUUUUUUCAGACCGCCAAAAAGCAGAAAAAAUUCAGAAAAAUGUUAUUAUAGUUCUAGAGAAGGAACACCAGAGCCAAUUAUUGACGAAGAAGCAGAUGCAAUAAUACAAUAAUAUUAUUUAUAACGUUUAACUUCCCUCUAUGGGGUAGCCUUGUCCAGAGCUGCCACCAUAUUUAUCCAUAUGUCGGGACCCAUGGACCUAUGGAUCGAUCCACUUCGAUUAGCCAAAACACAGGUAAGUAAAGGCGUUCCGGCUUCGACGGGCUUUGCUGCCGCUACGGCUUUGUACGGCUCAGCCCCUGCGCGUGUUCUGCCUAAGGGUCACCUCGGUCGGGUGUGCUGAGGGGUAAAGACCUGAGCCUCUUGAGCGCACUGAGAGUAGUUCCUCUGGUUAUCCCCAGAGUCAGGUAAAACUCAACCCCAUAAAUAAAAUUAUUUGAGCAAGAAAAAAAUCAGCAGAGCUAAUUUUAAUCGAGCCGAAUGCCAUUUUAUUUAUCCAAUGAAGCAGAUGCAUUAUAUGAAGAACUUCAAAAGGCCCAAGCUUUAUUACAGACCGCAAAUGCUGAAAAUGCAGAUUCUAUUGUAAUAAAAAUAAACCGUAUCAAAACACAGUUAUCGAAUUUAAGGUCAGCCAAAGCUUUAAACCAUUUCCAAGCCCAUUCAAAUUCAAUACAACAUGUAAUAAACACCAUGGAAAAACAAUUUGAAACCCGCGAUAUCAGAAAAGCUUCUCCAGUACCAAGAAAAGCUGUGAUAUCUACACCCUCAGACUUUGCCCCAAAAGAUAACAAAAUUCUUAACGGUUUACAAGUUCCUAAAAAUUUGUGUGCAACCCCUGAUAAGCUUAUAGCAUCUUUUUCUGAGUCAAAUUUCUGCAGAAAAUCUCCCAUUCCUAUCACAAAACCAGUUCAAAAUUUAAAUCCAGCUUUAGACACACAUAUAUAAAAUGGCGAUGUCACCGAUCCAUCCAUUCUCAGACCUGUUUCGAGUUUGGAGACUUUGCUGCGGCCUGAAGCCAAAUCGAGCAGGAAACUGAGUCUACUGGUACUGAGCAUUUGGGUUCCGGUUAGGUUUUGCGUCCCUUGUCCAGCAAUGAAGACGUUUUGCUUUGGGGAAAAAAGGCUUUUAACCCCAGAGACCACUAGUGCCGACGACGAAGAUAGUUGGUACCGAUACAGUGAGACGUAAAAGGAGGAAGAGCCAUAAUCUAUAAUUAAUGUUAAUGCCUUAGACGCAGAGAUAGAAACCCUUAAAAAGCAUUUAAGACUAAAAGAAAUCCGCUUAAAAGAAAAAGAAAAAGAAAUUUUUGAUAAAGAAAUAAUGCUGCAAAAAACAUGAAUGAAAGAGCCAGAUGCAGACCAAUUAAUUCCAAUGGUACAAAAAGAGCUAAUUUAUAUACAAAGUCUUAAGCAAAAUUUAGAAUUAAAGCAAAAAGAUAUAGAAAGAGACCAAUAUUUGCUAUUAAAAAAGUUAGAGCAGGUAAAGAAAAAAGAAGAAUUUUUGUCUGAAAAAGAAAAUAAAAUUGACUCUGAAAUUGAAGUACAAAAAAGAGAAAUUUCAGAGAAAACUGAAGCAAUUUAUCAGUUGUUAACUUCUUACAACUUGCAAUAA